AUGUCGACCGCGACGCCGCCGUCGGCGUCUGAACUGAGACAGCAUAUGGAGGUCUUGUUCGGUAAGUCGUCCCAGCGCACUAUAAUGGUGACACGAUCAUCCGGACUCGGUAGAAGCGGCCCCACUGAGUCACGCCGAAUGCACGAGCAUGCUCGGCGCGCAGAGCUCCGGCUGACGACUCGACUUGCUUCUUCGCAGGGCCGAUGAUCAUUGGAGUUUUUUGCGAGCUAUGGUUAUUGGGCAUUAUCUUCGCACAAGUCUGUGUUUACCGAGUGCGAUACCCUGGAGAUCCAGUACACCUCAAGUGAGCCGCAGUCUGCGAUACUCAGCUCCGCGUGGAGGGUGCGAUUCAACCACGCGAAGCGGUAUUUAGACACCCGACGGGUACCCCCUGUCGCGACCCGAUUUCCGACACUGAGUGACGCUCCUCUUUCAGACUCCUCGUGGCCAUAAUGUCAGCUGGAGAGUUUUUCAAAAUGGUUCUGAACAUCAAGGCGGUAUACAGUGAUGUGAAUACCGUCACCUCCUUCGUCUCUAUGCGGUCACUCGUGCUCACUUUGCGCCCCCUCCCCUCAGUUUAUUUUCGGGCAGUUCAAAGAACUCUUUGAACCGGUGCCUUGGUACGUCCUCGUAACGCCUAUCGUCGGCCAGCUUCCGAUUCUAUCAUCGCAAAUCUACUUGUGUUUCCGAGUCUGGGUGGUUAGUCCACUUCUGGCGGCUGAUUAACCGUUGCACUCAACCAAUGAUCGAGCAAUGGUCACGCCGUUCCUUACCUCGACAGGUAUCGGGCCGAAAACUCAUCCCCACUGCGAUCGGGGUGAUUGUGACCACGUUGCAGCUUUCUCUUAAUAUCGCCUAUGUUACUCGUCGUGGUAAGGUGCAACAGUUCAACUUUAAAAAUGGUGACAUGGCCGGCUAACCCGUUCCUUUUGCGCACCUCGGCAAUCAUUCCCGAACGAUCGGAGCAGUCAUCGCUCGGCGUCUCGGCCUGAACCCCGGAAGUCAAGUCAGCCGACUGAUGCCGCCGUGGGCUUUCUCUAAUGCCGUAAGUUCUCCAACGCACUUGUUCAAAACAUCCUGCAGAGUUACCACUGUCAUGACUGAUUUUACAACGAGUCGUGAACGGAUCAAAUAGACCGCCGACGUGUGCCUUUCCUUCACACUCGCUUACUACUUGCUACAAACACGGAAGCAAUCAAUCAGCUAUCGGUAAGAUUAGUUUGAGUAAACUCAAGAUUCAGUAUCCAACCCUGAUAACAGCGCCGCUCAACCUUCUGCUGUGUUUUUCGACGCAACUCAGGCUCAACUACAUCUUGGUGCGGCUCGCGUCCCUUGCGAUCAUGACUUGUCUGCCCCCUGCAUGCAUUUCCGUCACUCUCGCCUUGCUCGAAAUCCUCGAGACUCGCAGAUUGGUGAGACCAAGCACCUUAAUGAGACCUGUUUCAAAAAGUAGAUGGGGCUGAACAUGAUGGAUUUGAACCGCUUCAUCGUGUGUUCCCCGUCGGUAGGUCUGGAUCUUCUUCGGCCAAAUUCUCGGAAGCACCUAUACGCUCUGCAUCAUUCAUGCUCGUGAGUCCCCCCCCCCCCCCCCCCCCCCCCCCCCGGGGAGCUUCUGACUGCGACGUUUCUACCUGUAAUUAAUUACUGAGGAUCAAUCUAUCUCGCCACCCACCCCAAAACCUCAAUAGUCAAUUCCCGCGAAGCGCUCGUCCAAAAAGCAACGCUCUGCGCCGCCUCGGGCAGAUCCUCACGUAUGAUAAUGACCCCUAGUACUACCCGUUUACCGGCGACGACGCUCUCUGUGCGCUUCGACGAUCCCGAAGUGAGUUUCGGUCGGAGGUCCGAGAGGAAGGUUGAGAUCUUGCAUGGCAAGAGUGGGGAAUGA